AUGGAGAGUGCUAAGCGUACCAGCACUCCUUUUGCUCGAAGAGCCGCUUCUGGUACAACUGGCACUGUUUUGGGGUUGCUGAUCCUUGUCAGUGCGGGGAGAUGCUUUGCCGGAUGCGGAGACCAGAAAUCUGGUCGACUCACAGGUGAUGUCGUUUUCGGAAGACGAGGAGCCCCAGCACCCCGAGGAAGCAGUGAACUUCAAAGUGUGUCACCAGCAGAUGCAGCAAAUCAGCCAGUGGACGAAGAAAGUUCGGAAAGACGAAUGGGGGUCAAAGAUGGGGUGGCCGUGAUUGCUGGCAGUGCCUUGGGUGGAGGCUUUUUGGCACUUCCAUUGGUUACAGCUCCGAUGGGAAUCAUGCCAUCAGUUCUGGGUCUUGCAAUGGCAUGGGCAUUUCUGGCAGCAUUGUCUGCAGUUUUUGCAGAGGUCUCAGCAUUGACUCUGAAAGACAAAACUGUCGAAACAGGGGACACCAGUCGCUUGCUCGUCGAAGAUGAAGGUGUCUCAAUCGUUUCGGUUGCACAGACUACACUGGGGGAUUCUGCCGCUAUUCUUUGUUCUGUGGCUUUCCUCUUGCAAAUGUUGGCGAUCGUCACUGCUCAAGUCGCCAAGUCCGGCGAGUUGCUGCAGACCUUCAUCGGCUUGCCCUACAUUGCAGGAUGUCUCCUUCCAAGCAUUUUGCUGGGCGCUUUUGCCUUUGAGAUGCCUGCCAAAAUAGUGGAGAGAACGAACACGCUUCUUACUGUCUCAAUGGUGCUUGGCUUUGGCCUUUUGGUCGUCAGCACUUCGAUGAGCAAACUGUCAAACCUUGGGGUUUUGCUUGGCGCCUUGCCCAUGGGAAGCUGGGGUUCUCUAUUGCCAACAGUUGGGACUACAACCUGGGCAUUGCCUAUUUUCUUCAAUCUCUUGUGUUACGGCCAAUCGGUUCCACUUGUUGUGGAACGUAUGGGUGCGGACAGACCUUCGAGGGUUCAGACAACCAUUCUGCUGGGAUCCCUCGUGCCCUUUGUGCUUGGAGUUAUUUGGGUGUGCAUUGCAGCAUUACUGGGUUCUGAUUUAGAUAUAUCAGAUGGAAAGGAUCCUGUUCUUCAACUGGUUCAGGGUCCGGCAAGCAUUGCACUUCCAGUGCUUUUGCUGGCUGCAGGUGCAAUCGGUUCAACCCUUAUUGCCUCCUACUUAGCCCUGGGACAGUUUGCAGCGGAUGCCUUGUGUGCAUCCACUGGCCAGUGCUCCAUAGAGGACAAUCAGCGGGCCAAAAUGGCCUCGGUGAUAGUUCCAGCUGCCACUGCUUGCAUCGGCCCACAGCUCUACUUGCCGCUUCUCUCUUUUGCAGGUGCGUUCCCAGCUGUGCUUCUCUAUGGCAUUUUGCCACCAAUGGCUUUGCUGCUCCGAAGAGAGAAGAGUGGUCUAGGUCGAAAGGCGGUGCUUGGGGCUUUGACGGCCAUCUCCUCCGUGUUCUUGCUGGUGAACGCUUGGCUUUGGCUCACUGACUUGAAGGCUUGGUGGCCCAAGAUUCGCCCGGGUGGAGUCAUGGCAGGACACGACUUUUCAAUGUCUUUUCCGGGCCUCAUGCGAGCUGUGUUGGAGUUCGUUUCGAUGCUCCCCGGGCGCACAGAGGUCUACCUGGAUACCGACUACAGCUUCUGGUUUUUCAAGCCCGAGGACCUCCCGAAGCGGCAUGCGUCAUGGCGGCCACGCUUGGAGGGUGGCACCCGAGGUCACAAAGCACGAGCACGCGUGUCCUGA